CAAGCUCCGCUCUAGCUUCGUUAUCAACCAACCACAUCUUCCGUUUCGGGAACAUGAGGAUAUUAUCGCAUCCUAUGGGUUCUGGCACUUCGGGAUGAAACACGUAUCGAAGGAGAUAACACCAGAACUCACGUUACACUGCAAUGUAGUUGUUCUUAGAGCAUCUACUGAGUUCCGAGUUGGAUCUUGGUGAGGUGAGGAGUAUCAAAAAAGCAAAAAUGAUUCAGGGAAUAUUCUAUGCGCGAUUCCUACCACAAGAGGGUACCAAGAUCGUCGCACAAUCACCACCAGGAUGUAUUGUAGCUACAACAUACACACCACAUCUCAAGCCACCACUAGUGGACUUCGACAUCAUACAGGAGUACAUAAUCCCGCGGAAAGCCUUCUUUAACCGCUUCAUGACAGUCAACUCCCCAGACAACAAAUACAGCAUACUAGGCUUCCCCGUCUCAAUUCCCAACGAGCGAUACCAUCGCAAUGAAUUCAUCUUCAACUUCGGGCUCGUGGUCGAAUCCGACAUCGACCAAGUACCCUACGAGCGUCUAGUCCGACGUCUCGCCGUCACAUUCGCAGAAAUGGAACGACAGCAUGGAUACCUAAGCUCAGACUCUGAUGGACGCAGUGAAGCAACCCACGAUGAUGGACGACGACCUAUCGAAAGUCUACUAGAAAUCGUUAAAGAAGAUUUGAACAAUUACGGCGAAUGCAUGAUCCCAGUAGACGACGCUAAUACCCUCAACAUGAAGCUAUUCCCGUACCACCCGCCCCCACCCCCGGUUCGCGGUUGGCACGUGCCGGUCCCGAAGAUGAAACUCGCUGAUAUCGUGGACCCGACGUGGGAUCUUACGCUGCAGAAGAUUAUUCCGCAUAUUGAUGGUGUUAAUGAUGUGCGCCGUAUCGCGUGGCUUGCUGAUGUUUCGCUGCCGCUUACGCAGAUUGCGUUGCAGCAUUUAUUGUAUUAUGACACUGUCUUGUUACUGGAUAUGUUUUUCUUCGGCAGUUGUUACGCUCCAAGGCCCGGUAUCCACGAUUUCGUAGCUAAUAGCGACGGCAUCGUUGAUGAAUGUGCCGGGUAUGUAUGCAUUAACCCCGCCGUCCCGGGGUGCAGCGGCACCACUACCAGCGGAUCUACUACCAGACCUAGCGAUGACGACGGUAAUGGCAGUAAAGAUAUAAUUGAUACCGAUAUUGGACGGGCGCUGAAAUCCCAACCUCAACAGCCGCUUGGGGUAACCAAUUACCAACUCAUAAAACUCAUGACGACGUUUUGCGCAGGGCGAAGCGUCAUGGAAUGGAUCAAACUACAUCAAGACGCCGGCUUCGACGUUUUACGGCAUGUAGACGUGCGGCGGCUAGUUCAAUUCGGCGUUAUAAAAGGUUUAUUAUAUCGUGUGCAUAAAUACGUCGUAUCGAAGCGGUAUCUCGAGAGUCUGGCGACGGGUAGGCGGACUAUGCCGAAGAGGAGUAGGACUGAUGGAGCUAUUGGUAGUAUUAAGGAUGACGAAGAUGGGGAUGAAGAUGUGUUGUUAAGGUAUGCGGAUGGAUGUCAUAGCUUUGAUCAAAUCGUGACGGAGCAGAAUUUGACAGAUGGCGAGAUCAUGAAGAAAUUAAGGAGUUUGGAACCCGGCGAUAGGACGGUGUUUUAUCGUUGAAGGGAUUAUAAAAAUAAGAGCGGAUAUUCCAAUAUCACGAUACGGUAGGCGACACGUUAGAAUUCUUCUACAGAAGCACUGCGAUGAAUAGUGCUAAGCUGAGUGGCUACCCUGCGAACUCCAGCCUGAAUACCCCCCUCUAGGUUUUACGCGCUUUGGUCAGCUUUAUAUAUAGCAUAAUCCCCAACUAUACUAUGUGCCUAGGUAGGCUGCUCGAUUUAAAGGAAAGUGAUAUAUG